AUGCCAGAUGGCGUAAAGGUAGGCCAGAGACGUGUCCGCGCCGGAAAGACGCCAUGCAAAAUAAUCAAGUUCUUCGAAUAUCCCAAGUCGACAGUGGAUGAUAUUGUCCAGAGGUACGCAGCCUCGGAGGUGGCCACCCUAAUCGCCGUCUUGAGUGAGGGCAACGUCAUGCCACCGCAUUUCUUCAAGAAGGGGGAAAUGGUCAUUCCCGACCUGAACCCUUUCGACUACUACGUGUGGGGCGUAUUCGAGAGGGUUACUAACAAAACCAGACACCCCAACGUGGUCAAUCUUCAAGCCACUAAAGCAUUUACAAAAAUGGACCGGGCGCAAUUGCAGACGGCGUGUUCGUGCUUUCGGAACAGGAUCGAGGCGGUGAUCGAGGCGCAAAGCGGCUACAUUGAGUGA